UUCUCUCUCACACACACAUAGAUUUAAGCUUUCUUAAUCCCUCUGUCCUGUCUCCUCUUUGUCUCACAUUAAAUUCGUCCAUGUCGCAUUCGCUUUGACUAUAAAUUCCGGGCGGCGCCUUCCUUCUCACGCCUGACACCGCUUAGUUUGUUUGCCUUCUUCCUCGUACCCCCACCUCUCUUCCACUUGAUUGUAACAGAGAAAUUUAUAGAGGAAACUAAUCAAGAGGAGAAGAAAAAGGAAAGGAAGAAAGAAAUGCUGGAGACGGUGCGGUACCUGAUGGGCUCGGCCGGCGCCAGCGGGUUCGGAUCCAAGUCAACGGCGGAGGAGGUCACCGGAACCUCCCCCGACCUCCGCUCCAUCACCGCCAUCAUAACUGGAGCGACGUCGGGGAUUGGAGCGGAGACGGCGCGGGUGCUGGCGAAACGCGGGGCGAGGCUGGUCCUCCCCGCCCGGAACCUCAAGGCAGCCGAGGAGAUCAAGGCCCGGAUCGCCGCCGACUCCCCCGGAUCCCACAUCAUCGUCCUCCCCCUCGACCUCAGCUCCCUCUCCUCCGUCCGUUCCUUCGCCUCCCGCUUCCUCUCCCUCCGCCUCCCCCUCCACCUCCUCAUAAACAACGCGGGCAAAUUUCCCCACGAUCUCGCUAUAUCGGAGGACGGGAUCGAGAUGACCUUCGCCACCAACUACUUGGGUCACUUCCUGUUGACGAAGCUGCUCCUGGAAAAGAUGGCGGAGACGGCGAGGGAGACGGGGAUCCAAGGCCGGAUCGUGAACGUGUCCUCCAGCAUCCAUGGCUGGUUCUCCGGCGACGUGAUCCGUUACCUUGAUCUCGUCACCCGCAGGAAAAUACCGUACGAUGCCACGCGAGUGUACGCGCUAUCGAAGCUCGCUAACGUGCUCCACACCAGGGAGCUCGCCGAGCGGCUCAAGGAUAUGGACGCGAACGUGACCGUGAAUUGCGUCCAUCCGGGAGUCGUGCGAACCGGGCUCACCCGAGACCGCGAGGGCUUCGUCACAGGUAAUUACGCAUGUAAUAAUGAAAGCAGGGAAGAAAAAAGACCGUGCGAUCUGAUCCCCGUGGCUCUUGAUUUCUCUCUGGAUGGCAGAUCUGACCUUCUUCCUCGCAUCCAAGCUCCUCAAGAAGAUUCCCCAGGCGGCGGCGACGACGUGCUACGUGGCGACGCACCCGAGUGUGGCGGGCGUGUCGGGGAAGUACUUCGUGGACUGCAACGAGGCGUCGCCAUCGUCGCUGGCCGCCAACCGGCAAGAGUCCGCGCGGCUGUGGCGCGUGUCGGAGGCCCUGGCCGCCGAGAGGCCGCAGCCGGCCGGACGGGACGUGACGUAGGGUGACCGAUAAACAGUUUUCUAGGAAGAAAAUGACAAGGAAAAUAAAAAGGAAAAGGGAGUCGAGUACACACAGUUGUUUAAUGCGCCGAUUGGCUUCGGAAGAGAAAGGGGGCUUCUGCGGACGCCCUUUUGGUACGGAGGAGUGGCAGGCUUUAUAGGGAUUUAGGACCCGUACGUGCUGUAAAAAUUAGACACUAGCAGUAUAUUAUGUUGUCAUUAUUAUACAUAAAUAUAAACCAUGGGAGCUUAUGUGACACAGAUAUUAUAUUGUGUGUUAUAUUUAGGUAUAUAUUUCAUUGGGCGAAGAGAUGGGUGGAUCGUUCCUACCACGUGCACAAAAGAGAAAUUUGCCUCGGGGAACAAUAUUUAUGUUCAAAUAAAAUUGAAAUUGCGGAUCUAAGUGAA